AUGGAUGAGAGAUUGAAUGAGGUUGCUAGGACUGGUACUAUUGAUGAAUUAUAUCGUAUGAUUCGAGAGGAUCCAUCUCUGCUAGAGCCUGCAGAUGAAUUACAAUUCAUUGACACUCCAUUGCAUAUAGCUGCACAGGUAGGGAACACUCAUUUUGUACUUGAAAUGAUGAGGCUUAAACCAUCUUUGUCGCGAAAGCUGAAUCCAGACGGGUUUAGCCCUAUCCACCUUGCUGUGGAAAGUAAUAAUGAUAAUCUUGUGAUUCGUAUGAUAAACAUAGACAGGAACCUAGUUAGAGUGCAAGGAAAAGAAUACUGUACUCCCCUGCAUUGUGUAGCUAAGAAAGGAAAUGUUAAGCUUGUGGUUGAAUUCUUGUUGGCUUGUCCGGAAUCAAUUCUGGAUGUAAACGUCAGGAACGAGACAGCUCUGCAUAUGGCGGUUCUGCACAAUAAAAUUCACACUGUUAAGGUCUUGUUAGAAUGGUCAAAAUUGCUUGAUUCUGAGUUUCUUUUGGGGUGGACUGAUGAGCAAGGCAAUACUAUCCUCCAUAUUGCAGCCUCGACGAAUGACAUUCAAAUGAUAAAGAUGUUGAUUCCAAUGGUAGACAUGGACGCGGUGAAUUUAGGUGGCAAGAGAGCUCUUGAUAUAUUUCAGGCUGAAACCUUAACUUUGUUACAGAAGGAUAAGAAACUGAAAAUAAUACACUGGUUGUUCAGGAAAAGGUCACAUUACAAUGCAACACUUUAUUGUGAUACCAACAAUAAUUGUUCAGUGGCAGAGUCAUUGAAAAGAGGAUUUCCAUGGUACAAAAGAUGGAUAUUAGCAAACCACCGGCAUAUGUCCCAAGUAAAUAAAGACGGGAUACUAGUCGUUGCAGUGCUUAUAGCAACAACUGCAUAUCAAGCUAUAGUCGCCCUCCCCACGGUGUUUGACAAUAAAUUGAUAGCUUCGGCCUCACAUUAUUAUUUCCUCGUCUUCCAGUUUUUCAAUACUGCAGCAUUUGUUGCCUCUAUGUCCUUGAUUUACAUACUACUGCCUCCUGGCAUUUCUUAUAUGCUACAACUGAUUAUUCCCAUUGUUGUAUGCUUCUUUGUUGGGAUCUAUCUCACUAAUCUUCAGACAGGGCUCUAUAUGUUCUCGCUCAUCUUAUUUAUUUGGCAAUUAUUGAGAUUUGGCAGAUUGGAUAGGAAUGGCAGAAGAGAGAGACACUUUUUACUGAAACACUGCACAAGCUUUCGAAAGGAACUAGAGAAGAAAGGGUAUAAAUAUCAGCUCUAG